UCUUGACGUUCAUCUAAACGCUUAUUUCAUUUUUCCUCCGUUCUCAUAAUUUUGUUUGGUUUUUUAUUCUUUCCAAUUGAUAUUCUAGUUCUCGGAUUAUCAUCAUGGAUAAAACUGAUUAAUUGAACAAUUAAUCUCUUGUUGUUAAUUAUCUUGUUGUUACUAUUUUGUUUUUCGAUACAAUUUAUUUUCUAUCUCUCUCUCUCUCUCUCUCUCUUAAUAUUUUCUGUUGUUAACUUUUUUUUUCUCCCGAAAUCUUAUCAUCAUCAUGUCUCUUACAUCAGAACAAAUUAAUUCAACUUUGAUGCCUUUUCGUUGUGAAUAUUGUCAACGGACAUUUAAACACAAACGAAGUCGUGAUCGUCAUAUUAAAAUUCAUACAGGUGAUCGUCGAUAUAAAUGUAAUAAUUGUGAUUCCGCUUUCUCUCGAAGUGAUCAUCUUAAAAUUCACAUGAAAACUCAUGAUCACAUGAAACCUCACCAAUGUACAACUUGUAAUCGAGGCUAUUCAACGGCCGCCGCUUUAACUUCCCACAAACAGAAUUGUAAACGAUUACAAAAUGGAUUAACAGUUAACGGAUCAACAAGGAUUAGACCAAUUCUAACACCAUCAAGUAUUAUGUCAACAGAAUCAACUAAUUUAGAUAUGAAAAAACCUUUAAUUGGGAUGAACAACAAUCACAAUCUAUUAAACGAGAAAACUAUCCACCGAUCAUUAAAAUCACCAUCAACAACAAUUGACCAACGAGUCGAUACAUUUAAAAAGAGCCUCGAACAUCAAAAACUAAAGACAAAGAUAACUGACCAGGUCAAUGGAAGGUCAGAUAAUUUUGAUACAAAAAGUUUAAUUAAUCAACAACAACAACAACAAGUUACUUGUGGUCUUUGUGGUAAUAAAUGUGCAUCACUUGAUAUUCAUAUUCGUGAAUCUCAUUUGCAUCAAUUACUAUUCGCUGGGCUAUUACAGAACUCAAUCUAUUCAGCUUCGGCAUUUGCUAAUUGGCAACAAUUAACAACACUACCACCCCCACCACCGAACCCUGGGCUUGUCGCUGCGGCUGCAGCAGCAGCAGCGGCGGUUGCUGCCUCAUCAUCAUCAUCUUCCUCUUCCUCAACAUCCUCAUCACCCACCAUUCGUAAUAAUAAUGGUUCCAAGUGUAAGGAUGAUAAGCAAACUCUUAAUUUGUCCAAUGGAAAAUGUAAAUCACCAUCUCCCCAAGGAGGUUCACCUAAACGUCCCAAGUUGAUGUCACCAUUGAUGAACCUUUCACCCUCCUCAUCUUCAUCAUCUUCAUCUCCUCAUCAUCAUCAGCAACAUCCAACAUCUACUUCAACAAAUGGACCUUUAAUGAUCAACACAUCAGCAUCUUCAUCUCCAUCAUUUAAUUCAACAAAUCUUCCGUUCUUUUGUAAUCAAUGUUCACCUUCAUCAUCUUUCCCUGAUUUUGAAUCAUUUCGAGUUCAUUUAAAGUCUCAUUUGGCUGCUGGUCUAAUUCAUUCAUCUGGUUCACUUGUUACUUCUCAUCCUCAUCCACCUACUCUUCCACCUUUACCAUUACCCUUACCACCACCUCAACAUCAUCAUCAACACCAUCACCAUCAUGGUAAUUCACCUAUUGAAAGAUCAUCAUCAACAUCUUCCUCAUCAUCUUCAUCUACUUUACCUUGUCCUUAUUGUGAAUCAAUAAUUACAAGUGAAUCACUUGAAUCUCAUAUAAUCAAUUCACAUUUAGGAUCAAUGGUUUCAUCGUUUUCCUGUGAAUCUUGUAAAAAGAUAUUCACCAAAUCAGAUGAUCUAACCAAACACCUAAUCGAUUAUCAUUCCCAUCACUUGUACCAAUGUUCAAUUUGUCGUGAAAUGUUUGACACUGACGUUUCCUUGCAAGUCCAUUUCCAAGUGAAACACUCGAACCAGUGCAAAGUAUUCAAAUGCUCAAUUUGUAAUCAACUUUGGUCCAAUCAAGAAGAUUUCAAAGUCCAUCUUAAAGUGUCGCACUUUUCACCAAAUACUAAUGGUAAUCUAGUCUCAUCGCCGUAUCAUUCCCACUCUCACUCUCACACUCAUUCUCACCCUCAUUCUCAUUCUCAUAAUCACUCACACUCGCACCCUAAUCAACAUCACCAUCUAAACCACAACCACAACCUUAACCAUAAUCACUAUUCAAGUGCCUUCAAUAACCUUAAUCAUCAUUUGCCCUCUUCGUUAGUUUCCUCCACCAGUAAUCUUGUUAAUCCUUUCUCAAUGUUUACUCCUAAAUGUCAAUAUUUUAAAUGUUCAUAUUGUCCUGAUGAAUUUCACAUUGAGUAUCUUCUUGAGAAACACAUUCAAACAGUUCACUCCUCGAACCUCAAUAACAAUAAUAACACGAAAAUUAAUCACAAGGAUAAAAAGUGUAUCACAACCAAUGAGAAUGAUAAUCAUAAUGAUACAAGUUCGAGAUCACCAAGUCCAAAAAGGAAUCAAUUAUCUCCCGUUAUCUCUGAACAAUUAACGGUAAAUUGUAAACCAUCGAAAACAUUAAAACGGAAAUCAAGUGAAAUCGAUAUUGAUAUUGAGACAACUAAUGAUGAUUCCAAUCAUAAUGAUGAUCAGGAAGAUGAUGAAGAUACUGAUGAGAUCUCUGUGAAUAUCAGUAACGAUCAAGGUGAUUGUGAUGAUAACUCAAGUCAAAGGGAAAGUCCAACGACAACAAUAUCUUAAAUUAACUAAUCUUAAUUGUAAUAAAAUUGUAAUCAACAAAAUCUUAUCCUAAAUAAUAAUAUAUAUAAAUUAAACAUUUCAUGUUCAAUUAAA